AUGUCUGACAUAACUUCAGACGCAACCACCUUGCUAACCUCGUCAUCCACUAACGUGUUUACUACUGUCGAUGCAGCUACUUUCGAAGCAUACCAAAACGCCAUAUCCCGCAUUCCUCGUGAAAGGCCGAGAAGAUUGCGGCAACGUAACCAAGCAGCUAGUUCGGACCUUCCACUCGAAGGUACUGACGGAGAAAGACUUGACCUCCCACAAGAUAACGUUACCGGUCCAGCUCGACGCCUGGGGCAUAGCACAGGAUCUGUCCGUCUUGCUGAUAUUCAGCAUGAUCAUAUAGCUGGCGAAACUGUACCAUCUGAGGUGCCGACCGUGGACUACUCCGUCUAUCGAAACAGCAAUUUAGGGCGGACUGUCACUGUCGUGUAUGAAUCGAGCAUCAACAGUGGCGGCAAAUCUAUCUCUCACCUUCAACGUACUGGGUUCGAAGAAGGCGGUAUCCAAAAGGAAGCUCGUCAUAGUGGCGUCUCUAGCCCUCAUCGGAAGGACACUAACGACGCUCUGUCUGCUAAUCUACUUCAACUCUCUCCAGUGACUGACAGUUCGGUCCGAAGCACGACAGGAGCCCUAGAGACCGGUCGUCAAUCUGUGGCUCCAGAUCCUCUUGAGACUAACAAUGCAUCAUUAAAUCUGAGCCAACCGAGUUCGUACCAAAGCUUUCCUGAGUUAGCCAGCGAUGAUACUACCCGUCAACCCAGUGUCAUGACCCGUAUCAACUUGGCCACCGCUGAAGCCCAUGGAAGUUUAGUUUCCUCUCUACUUCGUCAGCGUGUACCGGAACAAGGUUUUCAAGAGCAACAAAAAACCAGUGAUGACAGCAGCGACUUAUAUGGGGAGCCCGCGGCAAUUUCUGAACUGCGUAAACGUAAAAGACGACUUCCUGUUGAUCAGCUCAUACUUCUACCUUCACUAGCCGAUGACGAUGAGGUCAAUUUUCUACAUCGACUAGACACUGAAAAUGACCCAAUCGAGGAAACUCGAGAUCAACCUACGAGGAGGCACGCUUCGACCGAAAAGUCGCUCCCUUCACACACCAAAUCACUUAAGAACCCCUCCAGGCUAUUUCGAAAUAUGAAAACGCAGAGCAAUCCGACCAUUGAUCUUACCAGAUUCCGCGUUCCGAAGAGAUAUCGCAACAACCAGAGCGCCUCGCAAAGCUUACUCCACAAAAGCCUUGCAGACGGAUUCGAAGGUGCCGAGCUAAAUUUGCUUCCGAAGCUGCCCAAACUUAUCCUUCGACGGCCUCGACCCACGAAUGGAAAUGUGCUAGUUGUGGUUAAAGGUGCACUGCCGACUCCUUGCUUUGCGAGCCAGAACCAGGAUCUCAAGUUGGUAAUGGGGAUCGUCGAGAGCACUCCAGCAGAGCGAUCACAUGAAAGAGCAUCCCGAAACGAGAUUAGCCCACAAGAACAAAACAAUAGUACCUUUCGAGGGUCUCUUAGACGCGAACGGGCUGAAGAAAGGCAAUCUUCCCGUUCGGCGAUCGACGAGUCCCGCUCGAUGAUCGACGAGGAUGAGAUUAUGCCAGAGAUACCAGAUGCUCAUCUAGUGUUUAUGGAGGACCAGGCCUUUGACGACAAUGCUUUGGUCGAUGGCGGGAAUGAAGGUGUUGAUGCAAAUGAUGAACGCAGGUACCAAGACGAAGGUUAUGCAGAGGAGCUUGAGGAAGACGUUGAAAGUGAGGACGAUGAGCUGUUAGGGGACGAUGAGCAAGAACUCGAGGAAGAGACCGAUGGGACUGAGGAUGAGACUGAAGACCAAGAUGAAGGGACUGAUGAGGAAGUGACAGACCAAGCUGAGAAAGAGACUGAAGACGGUGAUGAGAUUGCCGACACCACGGAGACAAAUCAAUUCGAAUGUGAUAAGACGACUGAAGGAAGGAAAAUUGAUGCCGACCAGUAUGAGGUGGAAGAUGAAGCAUUACAGGACCAUGUUAGCUCGUCCGGCAGCACCUGGACCGGCUUCUCGCAGCACGAUGCUUCGAUCAGAGGGGACAGGCGCGCCAUUGUACCCACGGAGGCUAUGCCCCAAAGCCUUGCUCCUCCGAGCCCAGAGCCGGAGGACCUCGAUGAUAUACUGUAUCGCCCCGGACAAGCUUCAAGAAUGCGAUCAAGACACCAAUGGAUGGAAGUGCAAGACGAAAUCCAAGACGACGAGCCAAGCGAUGGGUACUUAUUCGGCUUUCAUCAGCAAAAGAAACUAGAUUCAUCUCUUUCUAGGUCGCAUACCACACCUCGUCGGCAAUUCCAAGACCCCGAGGAAUCUAUGGCGGCGUUGACUCUCAACUCCGGCGGCUACUUUGCCAGCGCAUUGCUACAGCUGUCUGUCAUACCGGAGACCUCCUUUCUUUCUCCGCAACCACGCCAUGAACUGCACGACGAACCUGAUUAUUUAGAAGAGCAGGAUGACGUCUUAACGGAGUUGAUCUUCCCUAGGACUAAAUCACUAGCUGCGAGCUCGUCUCAACACAGCCUACUCUCGCGGACGAGUCGAAGGAGACAUUCCAGUGUGGUUGUAACUCCUACGAGGAGUCUGAGUUCUUUGGCAAAAGUCACUAACACAUCUUCGGGAACGACGUCAGGCAAGCCACGCAGAACACCGUCACUUCCAUUUGUACCCCCAUUCCUCAAAGAAAAGACAUUCGGCAAGCACGCUAUCGGAGAUCGAGUUUCUUGAACACCACCAAAACGUCGAAUGCUUUGCCGGCGGAAAGCCAUCGCAGGGUGCUACGCUCACAGGGCGUGACUGAAUUUCCCUCUUGCUUCACACACACACAUAUAUAUAUAUAUAUAUAUCUAUCUCAGAUGGUUCAUGUCAGUACCGAUAGUGUGGAAGCAGCGGCAUAGCUUACAAUAUGGAGGAGCUUAUUAUCAUACGUAGUAUAUAGCAAGCACACGCACCCUGCAUGUAACUAC